AUGGCUGCUCUUUUGUUGCUACCUUUAAUGCUUUCCAUACUUUUAAUCUCUGCUCUUCCUCAUCCUCUCAAUAAUCUCUCUCAUCAUCAUCAUCAUCAACAACAACUGCUCCUGCAAUUCAAAGCUGCCGUUUCCAGGAAUGGCACUUCUCUGCUCGACUGGACUCCCAUUCACCCCUUCUGCAACUGGUCUGGUGUUAUCUGCAAUUCUCACUCUGUCCAUGCCAUCUAUUUAUCCCAUACGAAUUUAGACGGCACCAUUUCUCCUGUACUGGGGAAUCUCUCCUCUCUUCGAUCCCUAGAUCUUUCCCUCAAUAACCUCACUGGUAUCAUUCCAUCUCAACUCAGUCAACUCCCAAAUCUACAAACACUCUCGCUGUACAACAAUCGAUUAGAAGGAUCAAUUCCAUCUCAACUCGGCCGACUCCCACAUUUACAGAUACUCUGGCUUCACAAAAAUGAAUUACAAGGCAGCAUCCCGCCCGAGCUGAGUCUUCUAACAAGUUUGGAGCAACUUUACUUGGGCUCAAACAGUCUCACAGGUACCAUUCCGCCCUCUUUCAAAAACCUGUCUGCCUUAGUUGUAUUAGAUUUGGUCGAGAAUAAGCUCUACGGCCCCAUUCCUGGCUCCUUAGGAAAUCUGUCUGCGUUGACUACUCUCAGUUUGGCAGAUAACCAUCUCCAAGGCCACAUUCCUCCUGAACUUUGCAUGCUCGCUCGCCUACAGAUGCUUGACCUUUUCAAAAAUAACCUAUCAGGCACCAUUCCCACCUGUUUGACAAAUCUCUCAAAUUUGAUUGAAUUAAAAUUAGAUAGAAACUGGCUGAGUGGACAUAUUCCAUGGCAAAUUGGUACCAAGCUCUUCAAUUUGCGUUUCCUUAGUUUAUGGGAGAAUCGGCUUAGUGGAAACAUACCGAAUUCCCUUGGAAAUUGUUCCAGUCUGGAACAACUUUAUUUAGAUGGAAACCAACUCGGUGGAACGAUGCCAGUGGAGCUUGGUAAAAUUGUAAUGGUUCAAGCCAUAGAUAUAUCUGGAAAUCAACUUACUGGUGUCAUUCCAAAUUCUCUAGGAGACUGCACAGCAUUAGAGCGUCUAAAUCUGUCCCAUAACACCUUUGUAGGUCCAAUACCAGAUUCAUUCUCCAAAUUACAAAAUCUCCAAGAAAUUGAUCUUUCUUUCAAUAAUUUGUCAGGACAGAUUCCAGAAGCAGGGCUGUUUCCAGAUAGAACUGUUGUAACAUUUUUUAUGGGGAACUCUGGUCUAUGUGGCCCAAAAAAUUAUUUAUUGCCUCCAUGCCCAAAUCAGAACAAGGAUAAACACUCCCUGCUCAAGAAAAUCAUCUUAUCGGUUGUUGGAACCAUUGCAUUUACAUUAUGCUGCUUCAUUAUAGGAAUUCUAUGGAGGCAUAAAAUUUCAGGGCGACUAGUCCGUCGCUCAAGCUUUAAUUUUCAAAGACUCGGCUAUCCAAAAUUUUCUUAUCAAGAUCUUGCCAUUGCAACGUCUGGAUUUGAUGAGUCAAACUUGCUCGGGGUGGGUAACUUUGGAUCAGUCUACAAAGGAAUUUUGAAGGAUGGUAAGGUUGUUGCCAUCAAAGCUCUUGAUUUGCAAAAUGAAGAAGCUGAAAAGAGUUUUAGAGUAGAGUGCGAAUUGUUAGGGAGGAUUCGGCAUCGUAACCUCAUCAAAAUCAUUAGUGCAUUUUACUACCCUGCUUUCAAAGGUUUAGUUCUUCAGUUUGCAUCCAAUGGGAGCUUGGAAAAACACUUGUACCCUCACAGAGAUGAUGAGGAAUUUUGUGAAUUGGGAUUGAAUGAGUGUCUGAGCAUUGCUGCAGAUGUAGCCCAUGGCAUGGAAUAUUUACAUCAUGAUUCUCCUCUACAAAUUGUGCACUGUGAUUUAAAACCGAGCAAUGUGCUCUUGGAUGCCAACUUGACAGCUCUUGUGACCGAUUUUGGUAUAUCCCGUUUAACUACUACAAAUUCCACAGAUUCACUUAGUACAAUAACAUUUGCACUGAAAGGAUCUAUUGGAUAUAUUGCUCCAGAGUAUGGAUUGGGUGGGACACUUUCUAUAAAGGGUGAUGUUUAUAGUUUCGGAAUUGUGAUAUUAGAGAUGGUUACAAGGAAGAGGCCAACUGAUGACAUGUUUGUGGGAGACAUGAGCUUGCAAAAGUGGGUGAGAUCAGCUUUUCCAAACAGACUGGUAGAAAUUGUUGAUAGUGCGCUAUUGAGGGAUGUGAAUGAAAACAUCGAAGACAAUAAAUGUCUCAUUUCUUUCAUUCAUGUUGGUUUGCUGUGUACUAUUGACUCACCUAGAGAACGACCUUCAAUGAGAAAUGUAGCCAAUGCCUUGGAGAACCUCAAGAAAUCUUUGAUGGGAGAUGCAUCUGCUUCCAAUUUAACAUCUACCAUAUCGGAACUCCUGGACAAUACCAAUCCCACAGAAACAUUGGCAUCUGACAGUGAAAGUUCUACAUUUUAG